GCCUGGUCGCUCUCACCAUGCUAGUACAUGGGAAAGAAGACUUCCUCUCAGACAUAGCUUACAUCAUCCUGGAACUGAUCAUUGCAGUGCUGGCCAUCCUGGGGAACGUCCUGGUCUGCUGGGCGGUCUAUUUGAACAGCAACCUGCAGAACGUCACCAACUAUUUUGUGGUGUCCCUGGCUGCUGCUGACAUUGCGGUGGGAGUGCUGGCAAUCCCAUUUGCCAUCACCAUCAGCACUGGCUUCUGUGCCUUCUUCUAUGGCUGCCUUUUCAUCGCCUGCUUUGUCCUGGUCUUGACGCAGAGCUCCAUCUUCAGCCUGCUUGCUAUUGCCAUCGACAGAAUCAUUGCCAUCCGCAUACCCCUCAGGUACAAUGGCUUGGUGACAGGCUCUCGAGCCAAAGGUAUCAUUGCCAUCUGCUGGGUCUUAUCUUUCAUCAUCGGCUUGACACCAAUGCUAGGGUGGCACAAGCGUUCCCAGAUUGAAGAGCUGGGUGCUAAUAAGUCCUCUCCCAUCAACUGCAGCAACAGUAUGGUGGUAUGUCUCUUUGAGGCUGUGGUCACCAUGGAGUACAUGGUCUACUACAACUUUUUUGCUUGUGUGUUGUUGCCUCUUCUCCUCAUGUUUGGCAUCUACUUGAAAAUCUUCAUGGCAGCCCGACGGCAGCUCAAGCAGAUGGAGAACAAGAUGGUGCAUGGGGAACGCUCACGUUCCACUCUGCAGAAGGAAGUCCACGCGGCCAAAUCUUUAGCCAUCAUUGUUGGCUUGUUUGCAGUCUGCUGGCUUCCACUACAUAUUAUUAACUGUUUCACCCUUUUUUGCCCAAAUUGUGCCCAUGCUCCCCUCUGGCUGAUGUAUCUGGCCAUUAUCCUGUCUCACGCCAACUCGGUUGUAAAUCCUCUAAUUUAUGCCUACCGAAUCAGGGAGUUCCGAUACACCUUCCGUAAAAUCAUCAGCCAGCAUAUCCUGGGAAGGAAAGAGCAGUUCAAGGCAGGAACAGCCAGCAUUAGGACUUCCACACAUGGUGGGGAUGGAGAGAAUGCCAGCAUACGAAUCAGUGAGUAUGCGUUAGAAGUGUACACCAAUGGAGAGAUCCACAGGGAUCCUGAAAAGCAGGACUUAAACAAAUGCAAAGCUGUCUUGGAAUGGCACCAGAAUGGAAGUGCUCUGGACAUGGAGACAAAUGGGCAUCUCCCACGUUCCUGCAAAAAUGGGAUUCUCUCAGAUGCGUGUGUGAGCAGGGAGCUUCACCAUGAAGAGUUAAUAGAUGCCCAGGUGUCUUUCUCAGAUCUAGAAAGCACAGCCUUUGCAGCAGCUGAUGUUUCCUGAUGAAUCGUUCACAGUCUUCCUGGUAUAAUUAUUUUAUUUUCCAUGGGCAGCCUCUGCCACGGCAGAAGAUGAGGCUGGGGGGCGGGGGGAGAGAAGUGUAUUCAAGUUACUGUGGAGAAGGGGUCCUUACCCAGGACUUGUUGUGGCAAUCCUAAAUACUAGACUGGAGAAAAAGCCAAGAGACCAUUGAAACAGACUGAGAAAGGAGGGACAUGUAAUCCAUCGAUGACCUGUCACCAAGAGCAGUGACAGGGUCAAAGAUGGCAUUCCAAAUUGAGCACUGGGAGACUGCUGAAGCAGGGCAUAUCGUGACAUUAUGCUACACUGUGUGUCUGUGGUUGUACGUCUGUUUUGCUGUCUUUACCAACAGAAAUAAAACCAUGGCUGAAAGCAUUCACUUGAUUGUAAGAGCAACAAGGAGGAGCCAUCUGAUUCUUUGGCCCUGCAACAAAUGGAAGGAAGAUAGCAACAUCAGGAAGGAUGCCAUCAGCUGCCUGGACAAGAAAGGAAUUUACGUGAUGGGAGCUUUGGAUACCUUCAACCAUGACAUUUUGUCUUUCAGUUCAUGUUUUUAAAGCUUAUAGUGCAACAGGUUGCUCGGAUGUUUUUUCUUGUCUUGAUUAGAUUACAUUAUGUUAAGUUAUAAAGAUGAACAAGAACUCACAUCCAUUCCCUGGGCGCUCAAUGUUCCAGAUGCACAAGACAAAUGUAACCUCAUAGUUCUCCACUCUAUCCAACAAAUAAUGAAAACUAAGACUUAAAUGGAGUUCCCUUAGCAAAAGGACAGUCAGCAGGACUUGGUGCUAGAGCAUGGAUGGUCUUCAUCACCAGGGGUGGUCAUGUCCUGGGAUGCUGUGGAGAAUCAUCAGGUGUUAGGUGUCUGCAGGCUGGUGGGCACUGUCUGGCUACUGCUUUUUCCUCUGUGUCUAUGCCUGCCCUGGGUUCCCAGAGUACAAAUUAUUUCCAUGGUCCGAAGUUGUCAUUCUCAAAAGUCUGUGGGAUACAUUUUUUUUUUAUUUUUUGAUGGGAAGGCAGGGUGGGGAAUGACACAGGAUGAGACAUAUCUACUUACUUUUGGAAUCCCAGCUCAGUCUGAACAUCUUUUUCUCCUGUGGUUUCAGUUGUUUCCUGAUGUGCUUUACUGUGAAGCCUGAUGUAUCCCAGCAGUGCAGAGGCCAACAGAUCUCAGUCUGUCUGGUUAGAAGAUACUCUGAGGAGCUGGAAGCAGUCAGUGUUAGUAGAAGUCUGCUUAGAAACUGCAGUAGUAUGUGUAAGAGAGCAGGCAAAUCUGCUACAGCAAAGGUAUGCACUGAUAUGAUUUGUCGUAGAGGAGUUUCACAGCAGUUUAGUAAUUUUCUGUAUCACCUAUGAGGCCGUGGUAGCUCAAGGACAGCUGAGUGCCAUGUUAGCUUGUAUUCUACCUAAAUAUUUUCCAGCCUCUGUUUUUCAGACAAAUACUCUAUGCCCUGUGCCAUCAGCCUUCCAGGGAGAUGGGCAAUAAUGGUCCUACUAGGAAGUUAGAAGUCUGGCAGUUCUGAGGAUCAAGAGUUUUUCCUUAGCUAAAAAUAUCAGAAGUGUCAGCCUACAGCCCUGGCUCCUCCUCGUGUCUCUCCAUUAACAUUUCAGAACCCAGAUAAUCUCAUUUGUAGGAAGGAAAGUGGAGCUGCAUGUUGGUAUUUGGAGAAGAGCACACUAGGUUUGUGUGUUCUCUGUCCGUGUUUAUUUUAAAUAUUGUGAGAAUUAAAAUUAAGUUUUAUUUGAAGAAAGUUUUCUUUUUUUUUCCAGUCUGUCUGAAUGAUGGUGAAGAGUGGUUUAUAAUACUGAAUGUGUCCAAACUACGUGACUGCUCUAGGCUAGCAAAAAGCUUACUGUAAGCUGGGCAAAAGGAUGUGUUUGUCACCACAAUCCUUAGCAGAAGGACAGGCAAGUAUAUAGAACAGUAGACUCCACAGUUUAAUUGAAUUGCUGCUUACUUGGCAUGGCUCUACCACACAGUCUAACGUCAGAGAUGUGGAUUAUCACUCUAGCACCAUUAGCAAAUACAUGGCCAUUUCCCUAUGACUGAUGCUGUAGGCAGGCCCUCUGCAGGGAGACUUGGGAUCUUGUUGCUCUUUAUCUUCCUUGAUGGAAUAUUUCUGUCGGCUCUGUGCAGGAUGACUCCUCUGGCCUCCUGAAACAGCAGCAGAGGAAUUCAGUCUGAAAAAUGGGGAUCUGAUCUCCUUAGGCCUCAGCUGGGAGCUGAAAUGUUUCUAAGAAUAACACAAGAUUACAUCCGGUAUUCAUGUCAAUAACAAUUAGGUUCACAAAGAAGCAGAGCAGGGAAGGAAGUGUGGGAAAAUACCAG